AUGGCCUGUGAGGACAAGCUUGCCAGAGUUGACGAGUUGGUUGAUGGCUUAAAUGUAUACAACAUUUUGGAACCUUGCUACCAUGCCCCUGAGAAGAUAAAGACCAAAAAUAUCGAGUUGCCAAGCAGCUUCCGAUUGCUUGGCCAGACCGCGAGGCCGCUCGCUGUGAGGAAGAGGAUGUUUGGUCGAGCCUGGCCUCUUAGAGCUCCUGUCAGAGCUGGCAUUGUUCCAAGUUGGUCCCAACUUCUUGGUGACACCGAAGUUCCAUGCACUAAUGAUGAAGUUGCAACAGCAUGGUUGAACAAUGAAGCAGUGAGAAAAGCAAUCCAUACUGACAAGAGUUUGGCAGGCAACUGGGAGCUAUGUACUGAUAAACUUAACUUUGACCACGAUGCUGGGAGCAUGAUCCCCUUCCACAAAAACCUUACCUUGAAAGGAUAUCGAGCUCUUAUUUUCAGCGGCGAUCAUGAUAUGUGUCUUCCAUUCACUGGGAGCGAAGCUUGGGUUCGAUCACUUGGAUACAAGGUCAUUGAUGAAUGGAGGCCAUGGACGUCGAACAAACAAGUUGUCGGGUACUUACGAAGCUAA